GCUAUUCCAACAAUUUGUUCAAAUCUUCUACAUAUUCAAACAAAAAGCCCUAAUUUAAACCGUCACUUUGUUUAUUAUUUGCUAUAAGAAAAAGAGAAAACAGCCGUCCAACAAACCAAAAGAGAUCAGCUGAAAAGACUUCACCGGGCUCAGGUAAUCCAAAGACAGCUGGAGGAAGUUGAGGAGAAGCAGAGAGCUCUGGAGGAGAAAGGUGUGGCUCUGGAGAAGAUCCUCAGAGGAGAAACUGGCGACGACUCCACAGAUGAGACCAUGCUACUGCAGACCUGGUUCAAACUGGUCCUGGAGAAGAACAAGCUGUCGCGAUAUGAGUCUGAACUCAUGAUCUUUGCUCAAGAACUGGAGUUGGAGGACACUCAAAGUCGGCUACAGCAAGACCUGAGACGACGAAUGGACACUGAAGACUGCGAGAAGAGUGCCAGUGAGCUGGUGGAGGAGCAGAGCCUGCUGGUGGAGAUCAUGAAGGUGGUGGAGAAAAGAGACAAACUGGUGAGUCUGCUGGAGGAGCAACGGCUGAAGGAGAAAGCCGAGGACAGAGAUCUGGAGAGCAUGAUCCUCUCCAGAGGCUAUCAGUUCCACUGGACCUGAACUUCUCACACUGGAUGAAGAGCUGCUGUAGUGACCUACAAGAAGAGAGAGAGCCUUAUUUGAAGAUCAGCUUCUGGAUCUUGAACAAACGCUUGUUUAACUGAAUGCUGCCUUGUGUGUUCUUGAAAAGAAAUAAACCCAGAACCAAACACGUGCCUCUUUAUUAACUGAAAAUGAUGAAUGUUAGAUUUCAAAACACAGGUUGCACAGCCACAGAGGUGAGAGGACCGACUGCAAAUGUUAUUCACACUGGUGCAAUGAUAUUUCUAUACUUAAAGCUAUUUUUCUUGGACUUGUUUGAUUUAUCUUCCUGUUUUGUUGAAACUCUUAAUGAAUGUUUGUUCCGUUCUUCAGUAAAUAUUCCAAUAGAGGCCAAAGUUUAACGCCAGUGAUAAAGUGUCUGUUGAGUAUUUGCUUGUUUCUUAGUCUUGCAAUGAACAUGAUAUCUUAAGUGACCUUAAAUUGCCACCGUUUCUAAAGUAAAACCAAAUAUCAUUGUUUCAAGAAUCAAGAUGUGCUUAAGAGGAUGUAUAAAGGGCUCUGGUUUUAUUUUUGUUUGUCUGUUGCCUUGUGUAAUUUAUUUAAUAAAUGUAAAAACAAUGAGUGAACUCUAAUUACCUCCAGAAAAAUUUCUUAAGAUCAAAUAUGAAUUUGAAUGUUUAAUUUCUAUAAAUGUGCAUAUACUAACACUGAAAAUAAUUUAAGAAUAUUGGACUGACAUGACACCUUCAUAAUCAUGACAUGACACAUGUCAUGAUUAUGAAGGGUUUUUAUGCAUGUUUAUGACAACUGUCAUAAGCGUCAUUCGCUCAGUUAAUGCAAAGAUUACAUUGUUUGAGAUGUCUUUGUUAUGGGCUAGGUUAGGGUUAGGUCAAAUAAUGUCAUCUUUGCAUUAAAAAUGACAACUGAGCGAAUGACACUGAAUGACAAUUAAAAAUGACACUGAAUAAACAUGCAUAAAACCACCUUCAUAUUCAUGCCGUGUC